CGCUAUUUGAAUAUUGAUGCUCCCUCAGCCGCCACCUCCCACUGUUGUUGUUGUCUGACAUUGUCCGAGCGGGGCCAUCGCCACAGUGGUGAAUUUUCCACAAUCGACCGAAAUGUCCUCGCUGGUGAAGCCGUUUUCGGUGUGUGAAGGGCCGUGCGAGAGCUGCGGUGUGAGGAGAGGAUGCCCGAGCUCAGCGCCUCAUCGGCAGCCUCCAUCGCAGCGUCUGGCCGCCGCUGCUGCCGCGGCGGGGCUGGGCUCUCUGCCGACCCACCAGCGGUCGUACGCGGCGAGGAGAAAUCUGGCUGCUGCUGCAAUCGGAGGGAGGAAAAUCACGCAUCCGGGAAAGGCCAUCCUUGCAGGUGGCAUAGCAGGAGGAAUAGAGAUCUGUAUCACCUUCCCCACAGAGUAUGUUAAGACCCAGCUGCAGCUAGAUGAGACAGCCAACCCGCCGCGGUACAGAGGGAUUGGUGACUGUGUGAAGUUGACUGUGCAGGAUCACGGGCUCAGAGGGUUGUAUCGAGGUCUCAGCUCCCUGCUUUAUGGAUCGAUACCCAAGUCUGCAGUGAGGUUCGGCACGUUUGAGAUGCUCAGCAACCCAAUGCGAGACGCCACAGGUCGGCUAGACAACACGCGGAGCCUCUUGUGCGGUCUAGGAGCAGGUAUAGCGGAGGCCAUCGUGGUCGUCUGCCCGAUGGAGACGCUUAAGGUGAAGAUGAUCCAUGACCAGUGUUCCCUCAGACCUCGAUACAGAGGCUUCUUUCAUGGAGUCAGUGAGAUUAUCAGAGAACAGGGUGUGAGGGGGAUAUAUCAAGGUCUGACAGCGACUGUGCUGAAACAAGGAACCAAUCAGGCCAUCCGAUUCUAUGUGAUGAAUACGCUGCGCAAUUGGUACAAAGGUGACGACCCCAGACGAGACAUGCACCCGAUUGUCACAGCCAUGUUUGGAGCGACGGCGGGAGCAGCAAGUGUUUUUGGAAAUACACCUCUAGAUGUGGUGAAGACUAGGAUGCAGGGUUUGGAGGCCCAUCGCUACAAAAACACAGUGGACUGUGCCUUCCAGAUCUUGAAACAUGAAGGACCACAGGCGUUCUACAAAGGAACAGUUCCGCGGCUUGGUCGCGUCUGCUUGGACGUGGCCAUAGUCUUCGUGAUCUACGAGGAGGUGGUCAAACUACUCAACAACGUGUGGCACACUCAGUAGACCGGCCACACGAUGACAUAAGUCUGAAGGGAAGCACAGACCAGUGCCUCAUGCUACGCACAACUGAACACCUCUAUUCAUGUUCGUAUGAGCUCUCAGCAUUUACCCUGAGCAGAUGACAUUUCAUCAUCAAGAGUUUCUAAUCUGUUACAUAGAAAAAAUACAGUAAGUAUACGAAAAAAUGUGAUAAAAAAAUGUGUGAAAGAGAGUCUUUCUCUCUAGUGGUCAGAGUAAAGAAUCAAGAGGGAUUUUAUUUUGAAGAACAGGAAAAGGCAAAAUGAAGUACUGAAAUGACCAAAUGUGUAGACUCGCUUUUUUGAGUCUUAAUAGCAGAAACAUUUAAGAAGAAACACAUUAUUAUUAUUAACCAAAGGUUCACUUUAGAGGAGGGAGGGGAAAGAAGAAAAGUAGAUGAAAAAAGGGAUAUUACUGUUUUAGCUUUCCAUGAUUGUUUUUAUGGUACAUGUUGUAGAGUGAUCACUUUGUACUGAAACCAUAAACGUGUCUUUUGAUUCACUGGAUACUUACUGUACUGAGCGAGUAACAGAGACGCUACUGGCCGCAAACAACCUCUCUGCGGUACUUUAAAAUGUCUGUGCAGUACUUCAACACAUCUCUGUGUUGUAAUUGCUUACCUGACUGUGCUUGUGGUGUCAUAGCACUAGAACAUUUGCAGUAUUUCCUUGCUGUGUCUUGGUGAUGAACUUUGGAUAAUGUUCUUUGUGCAUUUCACGGCUGACAGCUGCUGAGUAUGGCUGCUUGAAUCUCGAUGUGGCAUCUGUCCUUUUAACACACUGACAGUGACUCGCAGACUUGUCGAGGCUGCGCAAACUGGUCUGGAGUCAAUUCCUCGCUUGCAGAUUCCAUAAGAGUGUUACAACCUGAUAAAAGUAGUCAAUACGCACAUGUCGUAGGAAGCAAAUCCAUAUGUAGCACAAUCUUCACAUGCAGUCUUAAGAGUAGGAGAUGUGAGAAGUAAUUGAGCUCAUUGUUACAUUUUCAGCAUCAGACAGGUUACUGAGGUGUUCAGCGGGUGGCUGAGUUCUCUACAGCUGCAUAUGAGGGCUUUAUUUGGGAAUAUUUGACCAGUAAUGUGCUUGUUCAUACCCUCAGUCAGGGUGCAUUUUCCAAG